CGAACAUUCGGAACAGACCACGGAGGCAAAUACUGUUAUUCGUCGAUUUUCCAUGUCCGUUUCUUUGAUAUUGUAAUAUAUUAAUUAUUUGGACUUGGAACUUGGUGCAAUUAUACAUUUCAUUUCAAAUUCAAACGUAUCAGGUUUAGUGUUCCACUGACUCAACAUAUGUAAACACUUUCCUGUGCAAGACAUCGAAACGCAAAGCAGAAGCAGACGUGAUUAGGCCUAUAUUGGUCCUUCAUCCUUCAUGUUGUGUUCGUUGGUUCUGCGAUGUUCGGGAGCGAUAGAUUAACAAAUACUGUAUGUGACGGGUAUCGUUUGAAGCGUGGACAUAUACACGGUUACCAGAAGUGUUAUUGAUACAAUUUCUGUUCUGAUCAAACAAGAAGUUAUGUCAGGAACGCGAUUCAAAGUUACCAAGUCAGACUAUGGUGUAACAAAUGAGGGCGCUGCCAAAGAUAUCGAAAUUCGCUUGGAUGAUGUGGAUUCGUGCGUCAAUACAGCUUCAGAUGGAACUAAUAAGACACCAGAGAAUGCUGUACAGGAGAAUGGGGAACCUGGUCAGAUGGCCUUAUAUGAGGAGAACUUCAAGAAAAAAGGACGCUUGUCUCAUCUCUUGAGUGGCAUAACUCACUAUAAGGCUGGUAUAGCACCUGUACCAGAUGAAGAAAUUGGAUCCAAAAAAACAAAGAAAGCCAACCUUGGCACUAUUCUUGGAGUUUACCUGCCCUGCAUACAGAACAUCUUUGGUGUGAUCUACUUUGUGAGGUUAUCAUGGAUAGUAGGCACAGCUGGGGCUCUCGAGGCAUUCAGCAUUGUCUUCAUAUGCUCUUCAGUGAGCUUGCUGACAUCGUUUUCCAUGAGUGCCAUAGCCACCAAUGGAGUAGUGACGGGUGGAGGGUCCUACUUCAUGAUUUCCCGCUCCCUGGGACCCGAAUUUGGUGGAGCAGUGGGGAUACUCUUCUAUCUGGGUCUGUCGGUCUCUGUAGCCAUGUACUUCAUUGGAUCCAUAGAGAUUCUCCUGACGUAUUUGGCCCCAGAGAUUGCCAUUUUUACAGUGGAGAGUGAAGCGGAUAUGUACAAUAACUUCCGGGUGUACGGAACAAUUCUGCUGCUGCUUGUUGCCCUUGUGGUGUUGGUUGGAGUGAGGUUUGUCACCAAAGUGUCUUCACUGACUCUCGCCUUCGUCAUUGUGUCAGUUAUCUGCAUAUACAUUGGGAUCUUUGUAUCAAACUCCGAUAACAGUGUCAGUGUGUGUAUGCUGGGAGACCAUGUCCUGCCCUACAGUAAAGUGGUUAUGAAUGGCACCAUGAUGUGCAUCAAGAAUGAAACAGGACCACUAUUCAACAUGUUCUGUACAGACCUAAACAGCUCCUACACCUCAUGUGAUCCUUACUUCCUCAACAAUGAUGCAAAGGUGGUGCCAGGAAUUCCAGGCAUUACUAGUGGAGUUUUCAUGGACAACCUGUAUUCCCAUUACACUGAGGCAGGCGUCCACCCAGACUCCACUACUGUAGCAGACAAGAAGAGAGGGGAUAUCACCACUGAUAUAGCAACCUCCUUCAUGAUCCUGUUGGCUAUAUACUUCCCUUCUAUUACAGGUUUUGAACAAGGUGCCAACUAUUCUGGUGACCUAGCAGAUCCCCAGAAAUCUAUACCAAAGGGAACACUAUGGGCAGUUGGAUCCACUUCACUGAUUUAUCUGUCAUCAGUGUUGUUCUUUGCUGCCUGUGUAGAAGGACCAUUGCUAAGGGACAAGUUUGGUGAGAGUAUAAAUGGAGAUCUGGUGAUAGCACAGUUAGCUUGGCCCACAAGGUGGGUGAUCAUCAUUGGCUCUUUCCAGUCUACAGUAGGAGCAGGCCUACAAGCACUGACAGGUGCUCCGCGACUGUUGCAGGCUAUAGCCAAGGACAAUGUCAUACCAUUCCUGCAUUUCUUCAGCCAUACAACCAAAGGUGGUGAACCAAUCCGGGGACUUAUUCUCUCCACUUUCAUAGCUGAAAUGGGAAUUCUUAUUGCCAAACUGGACUAUGUUGCUCCCAUUGUAACCAUGUUCUUCCUGAUGUGCUAUGGGUUUAUCAACUUGGCAUGUGCUCUUCAGACGUUACUUCGUCUCCCUCACUGGCGCCCUCGGUUCUGGUGCUACCACUGGAGUCUGUCCCUCAUGGGGCUUGCUCUCUGCCUCAGUCUCAUGUUCAUAUCCAGCUGGUACUAUGCUCUCAUUGCCAUGGUGCUGGCAUGUGCUAUCUACAAAUAUGUGGAAUACAAAGGUGCUGAGAAGGAGUGGGGAGAUGGUAUGAGAGGCUUGGCUAUGUCUGCUGCCCAACACGCCCUCUACAGGAUGAAAGGAUCUUCCAGUCACACCAAAAACUGGCGACCACAACUUCUGCUCCUUGUCAAGCUAGAUGAAGAUUUCACACCUAAAUCUCCAAAGCUGAUGACAUUUGCAUGUCAGCUGAAAGCAGGAAAAGGCCUAACAAUGGUGAACAGCGUCCUUGAAGGAGAAUAUGCUGAACACGUGGAUGAUAUCAAAACUGCAAGGAAGACCCUGGAUGACUGGAUUGAGAAGAGCAAGAUCCGAGGCUUCUCCGAUGUAGUCAUGUCCCACACAUUAGAAGAGGGCAUCUGCCAUGUAAUCCAGAAUGCUGGUCUUGGUGUUCUGCGUCACAACACAGUGAUGCUGGCGUGGCCAGAUGAAUGGAGUGAGCAGAGACGGGAGAAGGGCUACAGAGUCUUCCUGGAAACCCUGAAGAACAUAAAUGCAUCCGAGUUAUCUCUGAUGGUGCUAAAAGGCAUUGACCACUUCCCUGACAGCUCUGACAGACUCCGAGGCACUUUGGACAUAUGGUGGAUUGUACAUGAUGGUGGCCUGCUGAUGUUACUACCUUUUCUUCUGAAACAAAAUCGAACUUGGAGCAAAUGUACUAUCAGGAUCUUCACAGUUGCCCAGCUAGAGGACAACAGUAUCCAACUGAAGGAGGAUCUCAAGAAAUACCUCUACCAUUUGAGGAUCAACGCAGAAGUACAAGUUGUGGAAAUGUAUGACAAUGAUAUUUCUGCCUACAUCUAUGAAAGGACACUACAGAUGGAACAGAGGACCAAGAUACUGCAGCAAAUCAACUUGAAUAAGAAACAUAGUGUGCAGGAGGCUCAGUCCAUCAUGGACAGGAUUCAUCGAAAAAGUAGCAUCAAGCUGCCGACCCAGCAGGUCCAGUUCAGCGUGGAGUCUCACAGCACCCUGUCUGUGGAGCCGGAAGAGAGGGUUCACUACACCUUCACUGGCGGCAGCAGCAGAGGAGCAAGAAACCCCCAUGAUGUUGCGUCAGAUGAAGAUGCCACACCAGAUUCCAGCAAUGUCAAGAGGAUGCACACAGCUGUGAGUCUCAACCAGCAUAUCAAGGAUAAAUCCAAAGAUGCACAACUUGUCAUCCUAAACCUUCCUUCACCUCCGACUUCAGAGACCAGGCAUUCACACUAUAUGUCUUUCCUGGAGGUACUGACUGAAGGACUGGAUCGAGUGUUGAUGGUCCAUGGAAGUGGCAGCGAGGUUAUAACUAUCUACUCCUAGAUGCUGUUGAGACUAGCACUAGCACCAGGCAUGGAGGCUGAACAUCUGGAACCGGGAUCUCUAAUAUCUGUGAUCCAAAACUGUGAUUAACCAUCCUCAAUUAUCCAGUGAUUUGUAUCUUCAUUCUAUCUCCGUUCUAUUACCCGGGGCCCAUUCACCACAAAAGCUUGCUUCUGGAAGUGACAUCACCAUCUCAUCUGCAUUAUCAUCAUCUUAGCUCAUAAUGUCUCUUCCUCAUGAGCUUGAAAGGAACAACCAAUCAAAACACUUCUUAACUAAAGAUGAGCUUGGAGACAGGUUGAGUCAGAUUUAAUUGAUACAUUGGAAUCUUUAGCUGGAAAGAUGAUUUCUUGAGUAUUAAGACUGGUCAGGGAAUCCUUAUGCUACAAGACAUUCCGAGGUGCACUUUAGAACUUGCAAAAUUGCUCCCAUUUACAAUCAUGAAAGAAUAGAGAAACUUGAUUGGACGUCUAUUUCUUGUGUUGUGUCAAUCGAGUCAGAUUCAAAAUGAAGCUAUAGGAUGGAGAUAUAAUACACUGGAUAAUCGAGGAUGGUGGUUAACCAUCUAAACAAGAAGUUUGUUAAAUGUCUGGUAAAUUGAUUCUUGUAAUAGCCGGACUGACAGUUAGUUGUAUUUCUGAAAGUCUUUACAAGUACCGGUAAGAUUGUACAUUUUCAAUUUUUCAAGGCAACAUGUUUAGAACAAAUUAAUGACUGCUGGUGGCCAUCUUGGCCAAAACGAGCUUGCAUCUUUUCUGUUGUUCAAGUAACCAGUUUCACUUCAUAGGUGUAUCCUAGAGCAUGGGGCCUUGACUCUUCAGAAAGAAUAUUUGUUGUAUGUCAACAUGUAUAAUAAAAUAACUCCAACUUGUGAAGACUUGAAGGCAUAAUUCAUGUACAUAAGUAUCAAUAAAAUUAAGACAAAGAUGACAGAUACCUUUACUACAUUUCUGUCCUUGCUAAGUUAUUUGUAUUUCUGUGCUUGCUUAGUUAUUUGUUUAUACAGUAAACUAUGUUUCUAACAAAAGCGCUUAUAACAAACUGUUGUUUGGUCCUGUCCAUUUGCUGUAUAUAUGCUUAUAACAAACUAUGGUUAUAACAAUCUAAAAUGAGUGGUCCCUUUGAGUUGGUUAUCAAGCUAAAAUAAGUGGUCCCUUUGAGUUGGUUAUAACUGUAGUUUACUGUAUGUACAGACAAAUUAGUGAAGUCAGCUCACAUCUGUACCAUCUGAUUUUGUACUGAUUGAUAACUAAUGAAUAUGUAUGAUUAGCUAUUGUGCUUUGCUGGAAACUUCGAUCAAUGUUGACCUUAUGGACAGAAUAUGUAAUGAUUCUAGUGAGCCAAGAUAGUGUCCUGUCUCUGGUGCUACCAUAACUCAUUGUCUUAACUUGAUGUCAAUUGGACCAUGAUACGUUUGUAUUUUGUAGGAUUGGAAUGUUGCCUCUUGAAAGUGUGUCUCAUGACAGCUACUGUCACAGGGUUUUAAGAGAUGAGGACUACAAAUAAUUUAACAGCUCUGUUUAUCCUAUUUCACUCUGAAAAUGAACAGCAUCACCGUUGUUGGUAUUAAAGACGAAACACAAGAAAGAUUUUCCCAGUUCCAAAACCUUUCUUUGUGUGUUGAUGUUAGCAUUGCACACAACUUCAUGAAAACUUCUUUUUGAACUGCUUCCUUAAACCCUUCCUUCACAUCAACCUACACUCAAGUUGUGUUAUAUUUGUGAUCUCCAGUCGUAGUGCUUUCUCCUGGAGCUUCUUGGUGAGUACUCUUCAUCCAUUGCUUGUACACGGUGACUACAUUGUACAUGGAUUUGGUAUCUGUUGUCGACUCAGCUAUUUACAGUCCACCAUCAUAUACCUGGAAUAUUGCUGAAUCCGGCAUAGUGCUUCAGGAAGACUAGUGAGUUUUGACUAUACCUUUCAUAAAUCUGCACAUAAUGAUGUACAUUAUUCUGGAAAUGAAAGUACUGUGGUACAUGUUUUAAAUGACAUUUGGACUAACAUUGCUAUCCUUCAAAGUGCUAACUUGUCUUGUGGAUUUUCAGUUCUAAAAAUUGAUUCAACUCCAAGUUGGUAAGUUUUUCACUUAUUAGCUGGUGUAUGGACUUCAUAUUUCCAAAGUGUUUCAUUCUGCCAAUUAUGUCAACAAUUUUUUUGUCAUAAUAGAUUAUAAAAUUGAUAUACAGAAAGGGAUAUAUGUAGUCAUCAUUCAAGAAAGCAGCAUGUUUCUUCUUUUAUGUUUUAUUUCACUAUAUUUUGCCUAAUUCACAGUUUUAUUUUGAAGGUUAUAAGUUAUGAAGUUUAAUUGAUGUAUCGGGAAUGAACAGAAAGUUUGGAGUCUUUAGAUAUUUGAUCUUAAAGUAAGGGAUUGUACCAGCAAAUUAGUAUUGCAAUACAAAGUAUAUCAUGCAACCCUAUUUAACACUAUGAUCUCUUCUCAAGUUUUACAAUCAUGAUUGUUUUUACUUAGAAACUGAAAAUAUUAAGGUAUUACAUGUCAAAAUGAUGUGUGAUAAUAUGUCAAAUACGAAUAAAAAACAAAUACAUUUGUAGUUUGUCCCCUGUGCAGAAGUAGACCCAAUGGCAAGUCAGUUUGCAUGUACAACACAAGUUUCUUGUUGCAACAAGAUGUUUUUUAACAUUGUUCAAAUAAUAUUUUUUUAGGAAGUGUUUGUAACAUUUCCAAAGCAUCAACCUUCAAAAUCUGUUCCUGUACUAUUUUUGUAGCCCAGUGGUACUGAAGUUCUUAAAAGAUCUCCAUGACAAAACUGUAGAUUGUAAGGACCACAUUAAUGGCCCACAUUGUGUUACAAUGAAUUGUAGCCUGUAGAUUUCCUGUUUCCGUCAUAUUCACUUAUAACACAAACCAAGCAAUUUUGACCAAGGUCAUUCAAACAACACUUUAGGACUUAACUGUCCUUAGGUGAAUUACCGUAUUCGAUGUAAUAAGCGCCCAGGGCACACUCAAAAUUAGAAAUAGGAGGCUCUGAUUAGAAUAAUAUUUUGGUGAGAAAAAAACAGUUGAAGAUCGUAAAUUUUGUGGUUUAUGCUG